AUGUGCUUUGAAAAUGCUCAUAACAAGUUCCAUGAAAAACUCUCUGGUAUCAUGGAGCCUCUUCUGGAGAUGUUCAAACCAGAAUUUCUUCCUGCACCAGAAGUUGAUCUAGCCUUAGUUGUUUCUAAACAAGAGGUUUGGACUGAACAAGAGACUCAACUUAAAUUUACUCAUCCUUUUGAACAGCAAAUCAUUUCUCAAUCUGAGAAACCACAUGAAUUUGAGUUGGGAACUACUUCUGGAUCAGUGAAGCCUUAUGAAUUUGAUUUCAUGCAUCUGGUUGUGAUGAAGACUCUAGAAGAAAUCAAGCAAGAGAAUGCAGUGGUUAAAACUCGUCUAAACAAACAAGGUGAAAUGUUCAAGGAAAAAGAUCACACGAACACCAAGAUUGAAGGACUGCUCCAAGUGAUUUUGUCAAGGCUGCUACCCCUACCUGAAAUACUUUUCAAGAUGUUUUUAAGUUUUUUUUAA